CUUUCAUCACCAUCACCGAAACAAAACCAGUUUUUUGCGAAGCAGGAUUCAAAGACUUGGGACGAGACACCAACUGACAUUCACUCAUUUGAUGCAAUAAGACAAACCGCUGGACGACGCAUAGUUCCAAAUCACACUCCUUACCGCCCACGAAAUUAACGAUCAAUCGCUCAAUCAAUCACUCAUCACUCAUCACUCAUCACUCAUCACUCAUCACUCAUCACUCAUCACUCCUAUAUCCUAUAUCCUAUAUCCCGUAAACCACACCCCCUAUCCCACAUCUCAAAAUGCAUUUCACCAUGCGCAUCGCCUCCCUCAUCCUGGCCUUCGCCGCCUCCUCCGCCCUCGCCGACCAGUGCGCCUCCGGCUCCAUCCUCGAUGGCGGCAACUACUUCUGCCAGCUCGUCGACGCCAUCCAGUACUCCAACGUCGGCCACGCCGGCUCCUACAACAAGGUGACUUCCAUGGGCUCCGACGGCAAGUGCGCCACCACCCCCGUCCCCUACUCCGGCUCCCUCGCCCCCCUUGACGAGGAGGUCUCCCUCCACUUCCGCGGCCCAAUCACCCUCAAGCAGGUCGCCGCCUACACCAAGACCUCCGGCUCCCCCAAGAAGCGCGACACCCACUCCCACAGCCGCCACGGCCACAAGGCCUUCCACGCGCGCGCGCUCAAGGAGUCCGUCGAGAAGCGCGCCGACAUCGUGACUGCCACCAUUGACGGCGUCGUCCAGACCUGGGAGAACAACUACUUCGGCCCCGGCGGCGCAAAGGCUACCGACGCCCCAUCCCCCGCCGCCGCCGCACCCGCCAAACCCGCCAAACCCGCCCCUGAGGUCGCAGUCCCCGCUGCCGUCGUCGCAGCCGCCAAGCAGAAGCAGAAGCAGACCGCUGACCCCAACGCCGCCUACACCCGCAGCGGCUACUACGACGCCGCAUCCCAGACCCUCGACGGCCUGACCUUCCUCGGCAACUACGGCGGCUCCGGAUCCGGCAUCUUCGACAACGUCUUCGGCAACUCCCUCUCCUACCUCAACUCCGCGGGCACUGGCGCCGCCGCCUCCUCCUCCGUUCUCGCGGACGCCCUGAUCGGCAGCAACAAGGAGUUCGCCAUCUUCACCGACAAGGAGUGCGUCGCUGGUGACAGCUGCGGCUACACGCGCCCCGGCUCCGUCGCGUACCACGGCUUCGACGGCGCGGAUAAGGUCUUCCUCCUCGAGUUCGGCAUGCCCUCCGACGCCACCUCCGGCUUCAACGCUGAUAUGCCUGCUGUCUGGAUGCUGAAUGCUCAGAUCCCGCGAACCCUCCAGUACGGUGAGGCGAGCUGCUCGUGCUGGACUACCGGAUGCGGAGAGUUUGAUAUCGCGGAGGUCCUGAUGUCGGGGGAUAAGCGCUGCAAGUCUACUCUGCACACCAACGCCCCUGGUGGAAGCUCUGAUUACUUCGCUCGCCCAACCAGCGGAACUGUCAAGUUGGCGGUUAUCUUCAACGGCGCGGAUGGCACUGCCAACAUCCAGAAGCUGAGCGAUGAUGCUACCUUCCCCGCCAGCUUGACCGCUAACCAGGUCAGCACCUUCCUCAACUCGGUGACCGGGAGCUUGUUGAGCACUUUCAGCGUUGCUGCUUAAAUCACUUCCCCCUUCUUUUCCAGGGAGUGAUGAUAGGCUGGUGAUUGCCUGUUCCUGCUUUGCUUUGCUUUACUUUGCUUUACUUUGCUUUGCGCCAUGAUAUUUUUGCAUGCGAACACACUGCUUUUCUCCGGGAACGCGGGAUGGUGGCGGACGGGCCUGGUGUCUUUGAUAACCCCCACCGUCUUGAAACUUCUCCGCGCGCGCGCACCCGAAAUGGGUUUUGGAUACAAAGGAUUGUAUGUAUGGGGUUGGAUGCCCGAGAGGUAUAUGGGCCGGGGGGGAGAAGAGAUGAAAGGAGGUGGAGAGGUGGUGAUCUGUGAGGCUUCUUCUCGACACGUGCGAGACAUGUGGCUGUUUAUAUCCCAUGGGGAGGGGCUGCAGGUUUACUAUAGUUGUGUGAGAGAAUUGAGAAUUGAAAAAAGGUGCAACAUGAGAAAAACCGAAUCUUGUACUCUACGUGCGUCUCCUUUUCACUUCAGCUCCCCACCCACACCCUAAGCAAAUGCAUCGUUAUAUCGGUGCUUUACUGCAAUGCUUCGUCGGCUUCGGUAAGGCUACGCUCGGAGCCGGACGGCUCUAUGUAGCUAGCCCAAACGACCCUCGUCAAGAAAAGAAUCUCUGGUCGCGCCUCACUCUUGCGUGGCUAAUCUCACGAGAUUCGCCGACGCCGAGGUCUUGCGACUAACAACUACCACACUACUUUUUUACCCAUCUCAGGUGGCCUAGACUCGAAACCAGUCCUCCUUCUGUCAGUUGGAUUGGUGAAAACCAACCUCUGUAGUGCCCUAUCAAAGAUCUUCUUGAUCAAGUAUAUAGCGCAAUGCAGCAAUCAAUCCAAUAAUUCCAUCUGUAUUCCAAUGAAACUAUGCAGUAUCUAUGACCUCCUGACCGCCGAAGCCUCGUCCGCCUUGUGGUUGUAAAGUUUUCAUGCCUCGCGUGUGAUUUAUAGGAGCGUUGGGGCACUAUGGGAUUACCAGAGUUCUAGGGUCCAAAUCACCGAUUUUCCACGUGCUCGGCCCGUUUCCCCAACAUAAGGUGGUGGGAGAUUGGGGGAUUGGGGAA